AUGCUUUGGAUCGUGGUUUCGAGUUGGUGGGUGACUGCAGAGGGUGCCCAGCCGUGCCCCAAGGGCUACUACUGCCCUCCGCAGACUCGUCAGCCGGUUCUGUGCCCAAAUCGCCACUACUGCCCGGAAGGCAGCGCCGAGCCUUUGCCCUGUCCACCUGGGCAUGUCUGCAAGGGCCAGGACCUGGAGGCCUUGGUAAACGGAACCUGGGGAGACCUGGUGCCGCUGGCGGCAGGGAGCGAACACACGGUGGUUGUCUCCAACUUAGGCCAAAUCUGGGCAGCAGGCAAUAAUGACGACGGCGAGUUGGGCACCGGCAGCACUGUUGAGCAACAUGCCUUUGUGCAGGUAGCAUUUAAUGGGAAGAAGAUUGUGGCCUUAGCUGCUGGAUAUGGUCACACCGCUGCGAUCACGGAUUCUGGCGAGCUGUGGACCUGGGGCUACAAUGAUGACGGCGAGCUCGGCAUUGGGGACACCACGGAUCGCCAUGCCCUGAUCGUGGCCGUGGCUGCUGGACAUUGGCACACCGCUGCGAUCACGCACUCUGGCGAGCUGUGGACAUGGGGAUACAAUAUUAAUGGCCAGCUCGGCAUUGGGGACACCACGGAUCGCCAUGCCCCAGUGAAGGUGAGCGUGAACGGCCAGAAGAUCGUGGCAGUGGCUGCUGGGUAUUUUCACACCGCUGCGAUCACGGACUCUGGCAAACUGUGGACAUGGGGCAACAAUGAUGCUGGCAAGCUUGGCGCUGGGGACACUAGGGAUCGCCACUUGCCGGUGAAGGCGGCCGGCCAGGGUCAGCGAGACGCAUAUUCCACUGUGCUGGUCUCCGCGUCGCCGUGCAUCAAGUUCGUUGGGCGAGGCCUUCCUGGCUGUAACAUGGGGAUCGAAGAUUCCC